GAUCUGCUCCAACGACGAGGGUCAGCUAACCUUGCUACUCUGUGUUUCUCCCCGCGAUUUUAGGUUUCCUUGGGCGUGACAUCUUUCGAAGCUGGUUACUCGUUAGCUCAGCUUCGUUGACCUUCUGAGAAAAGGCGGGAGUUUCCGGGAUAAGAACGCUAAAAUGAUUCAAUUUGUGCUUCUUAUCAGUCGACAAGGAAAAGUGAGGUUGACAAAAUGGUAUUCUCCUUAUUCCCAAAAGGAAAGAUCAAAGGUGCUUCGAGAGCUAAGUGGAGUGAUUCUUACACGAGGCCCUAAGCUUUGUAACUUUGUUGAGUGGAGAGGAUACAAAGUUGUAUAUAAAAGAUAUGCCAGCCUCUAUUUCUGCAUGUGUAUUGACCAGGAUGACAAUGAGUUAGAGACACUCGAAAUAAUUCACCACUUUGUUGAAAUACUAGACCGCUAUUUUGGCAGUGUCUGUGAGUUGGACUUAAUCUUCAAUUUCCACAAGGCCUACUACAUACUGGAUGAGAUUUUAAUUGCUGGUGAACUUCAGGAGUCCAGCAAGAAGACAGUUGCACGUCUUAUAGCUGCACAGGAUUCUUUAGUGGAGACAGCAAAAGAGCAGGCCAGCUCAAUAAGUAAUAUGAUUGCUCAAGCAACUAAGUAGGGUUCCCAUUGCAUUAGUCUUCUGUUAAUACUUGGUAUUGUUUGAUAAGUGAAAUGCACAAUCUUCUUCUUGUGUGAUUGGACCAUGUUAAAAAUGAUUCAUAUCUUCUAUUCCUCUGUAUUUUCCAUAGCUUGAAGGGCUCCUGUGAGCUGCACUGCCCAAUGCCCAUUGUGAUUGUGCAAGCUUUAUAAAAUCAGACAUGAUUGUCAGUCCCUUUUUUU